AUGCCCACGAAAUUCAAGCUGAACACCGGGGCAGAGAUCCCAGCCAUUGGAUUCGGCACCUGGCAGGAUGCGAGCGAGCAGGAAGAUGCUGUAGCAGAGGCAAUCAAGGUAGGAUAUCGUCACAUCGAUACCGCACGCGCUUAUUGCACUGAAAAGGCUGUCGGCAAAGGCGUCAAGAAAAGCGGCAUCCCGCGCAAAGAUAUCUUCAUCACGACCAAGCUAUGGAACAACAAGCACCACCCAGACGACGUAGCACCGGCUCUGCAGCAAUCCCUGGACGAUCUGGAAAUGGACUACGUUGAUCUGUUCCUGAUGCACUGGCCCGUCGCCUGGAAACGAGGCGAGGAACUCUUUCCGAUGAAAGAUGAGAAGCCGAUCAUGGAGAAUAUCGAUAUCAUCGACACGUACAAGGCAAUGGAACAGCUUCUUAAAACCGGCAAGGUAAAGGCAAUUGGCGUCUCGAAUUUCGACAAGUCUGAGAUGGAACGCCUGAUCAAGAAUACUUCCGUUGUUCCCGCUGUGCACCAGAUGGAAUGUCAUCCGUGGCUGCAGCAGCAUGAUUUCACAGAGUGGAACCGAGACAAGGGUAUACACGUCACUCACUACUCGCCGUUUGGUAACCAGAACGCUCUCUAUGGCGAGAAGGCCGGGCCUGCAAAGCUGCUCGAGGAGCCUGUGUUGGCGGAGAUAGGUGAGCCAUAUAACAAAAAUUCAGCCCAGGUUGCUCUUGCUUGGGGAGUCUCGCAGGGCCACUCGGUGCUGCCGAAGUCUAAAACACCCUUGAGGAUCAGGGCCAACCUGGGAGGAGACUUCAAGCUGAGCCCAGAAGACAUGAAGAAAAUUGGAAAAAUCAACAAGAAGGUCCGUUUCAACGAUAGCGGUGGGGAGUUUGGCAGAGACUUCUUCGAUGGUCUAGAGGGAAAGUCAGCCCAUGGGUUUGCCUUAGUAACCCCUGCCUCGCGAGGACUGGGGUUCGCCAUCGCACAGCAGCUCCUGACCCGGACCGAGCUCCCAGUGAUUGCAACAGCCCGUAAGAACUGCGAUGAACUCCAAGAACGAUUGUUGUCGAGCAAGGGCAUACCAAAAGACGCAGAGCAGAGACUCCGCAUUCUCCAAGUUGACGUAACAGAUGAGUCUACGAUAUCAGCAAUGGCAGACACGAUCCGUGAGAAGUAUCCAAACACACUGCUCAGGCUAGGAUUGACAAUCCCCGGUAUUUUGCACGCGGAAAAAUCACCCAGUAAAAUCGACGCUGCCAAUGCGCUGGAGAGCUUCAAAGUCAACACCCUCGGCCCGAUGUUACUCAUGAAGCACCUCUCCCAAUUUGUCCCCUUGAAAUCCUCACCAGAAUUCCCGACAAUAGAGUCCAGCUCUGCAAUCAACUCUCAAGGACCGCUGUGGCUGCCCUCGCAUGCUAUCUACGCGAUGAUGGCCGCUCGAGUCGGCUCAAUAUCCGACAAUGCCUCGGGCGGAUGGUAUUCCUACCGUGCAAGUAAGGCUGCUGUAUUCCAAUUGGCCAAGACUUUUGAUUUGCAUUUGCGCGCGAAGAGUGCGCAGAGGGCAAUUGCUGUGGCAUUGCACCCUGGGACAGUGCACACAGAGUUCACCAAGGAUUAUUGGGGAACGAGGGAAAUGCUGGAGCCGGCCGACGCGGCCGACAAGCUGUUGGAGGUGCUUGUGGGGUUAUCAACGGAGGCUAAAGGGGGGAGAGGGAGGUGUUGGGAUUGGAUGGGGAAGGAGAUUUUACCGUGA